ACUGUUUUCAGGGUUUUAUACAGUGUAGUCCUUUGCCUGUUAUGUCUUUUAAUUUUAUGUAUUCAUUUAUUACAGUUUAUUCACUUUGUAUCCCGGCUGCAGCCUCCUCCCUUGUCUUCCCCAGUCCCACACCCUCUUCUCCCUCUGUGCUCCUUCCCUAGUCUCCUGAUAUCCCCUGUGUCUUCAAGACACAAUGAUAGGUACUCACUUGGAAGCCUGUUUUGUUUUUCAAGACGGUGUUUCUCUGCGUAGUCCUAGCUGUCCUGGAACUCGCUUUGUAGGCUGGCCUCAAACUCAGAGCUAUCUGCCUCCCAGAAUGUUGGGAUUACAGGACUUGGUUGCACAGUCAUACCUACAAGAUAACUGUAGUGAAGCCUGGGAAAUGUGUAGUUCAGGCUGAAAACCCUCUCAGCCAUAUUUUAAUCAGAACAAGUGGAGUGUAUUGCUUCAUAUAAAGAGUAAAUUUAUUUGCUGGCUUUCACCCACUGGAGAGGGGGCAGGGGACUAGUUGAAGGUUUCUGUCUACAACACAAGUCUACCAAGAAAAAAAAAAUCGUCCCUGAGGACUUGGCUUUCCCAUGUGUGUGGAGAUGGGUGAGUUCCUUCUUGGAGAGGAGAAUCCCUGAAGCUUGGAGGUCCCUGGGAUCCCCACGCUGCUGGGCAAGCUGCAUGCGGGGGCUGGGGCUCCUGCAUGGGCCCCAGCCGCGCCCACUAGGCCAGGUCCACCCCUCGGGAUGAUAGCACCCAGCGCUGCUGCAGUCAGAGCGGAGCAGCCUGCGUGAUGUCCAUGUCGUCGCCCCAAGGACCCACCCAGGCUCCUGUCGCAGAGCCUCACACCGUGGAGCCAGGCUCGGACAACAGAGAUGGUCGCCUCUCAGUCUGUACAAAGAUGUGCUAUGGCAUUGGUGGGGUCCCCAGCCAGGCGGCCUCCAGCGCCUCGGCCUUCUACCUGCAGCUCUUCUUACUUGAUGUAGCACAGAUCCCCGCUGCCCAGGUGUCCCUUGCCUUGUUCGGAGGGAAGGUGUCUGGGGCAGUUGCAGACCCCGUGGCUGGUUUCUUCAUCAACAAAAGCAGGAGGACAGGAUCUGGACGGCUAAUGCCUUGGGUAUUGGGCUGCAUGCCCUUAACUGCACUGGCCUACUUCCUCCUGUGGUUCCUGCCCCCGUUCACCAACCUGCGUGGGCUCUGGUAUACCACCUUCUACUGCCUGUUCCAGGCCCUGGCUACAUUCUUCCAGGUGCCCUACACGGCGCUCACUAUGAUCCUCACCCCCAGCCCCAGGGAGCGAGACUCUGCCACCGCAUACCGGAUGACCAUGGAGAUGGCGGGGACACUGAUGGGAGCCACUGUCCACGGGCUCAUUGUGUCCAGGGCCCACGGGUCCCAGAGGUGUGAGGAUACUGUGUACCCCAGGAGUCCUGCUGUCUCCCCAGAUGCAGCUCGCCUCUACUGCAUUGCAGCUGCUGUGGUUGCCUUGACUUACCCUGUGUGUGGCGGUUUGCUGUGCCUAGGAGUGAAGGAGAAGCCAGAUACUUCUGCCCCAGCCUCAGGCCAAGGCCUGAGCUUCUUCACAGGCCUGGCCAUGACUUCCCGACACCCUCCCUACCUGAGCCUGGUGGUCUCCUUCCUGUUCAUCUCAGCCGCCGUCCAGGUGGAACAGAGCUACCUGGUCCUGUUCUGCACACAUGCUUCCCGGCUCCAAGAUCAUGUCCAGAACUUGGUACUAACCAUCCUGAUCUCUGCUGUGCUGAGCACCCCACUGUGGGAGUGGGUUCUCCAGCGAUUUGGGAAGAGGACAUCCGCAUUGGGGAUCUGUGUGAUGGUGCCCUUUUCUAUCUUGUUGGCUGCUGUGCCCUCAGCACCGGUGGCCUAUAUUGUGGCCUUUGUCUCUGGCUUGAGCAUUGCUGUGUCCCUGCUGCUACCCUGGUCCAUGCUGCCAGAUGUGGUGGACGACUUCCAGCUGCAGCACCAGCACGGCCCAGGCGUGGAGACCAUCUUCUACUCAUCCUAUGUCUUCUUCACCAAGCUGUCAGGAGCAGGCGCCUUGGGCAUCUCCACCCUCAGUUUGGAGUUCGCAGGGUAUGAGGCGGGAGCCUGCCAGCAAGCAGAAGAAGUGGUGGUCACCCUCAAGGUCCUCAUCAGUGCUGUGCCCACCUGUAUGGUCCUUAUCGGUCUGGGCAUCCUCCUGCUGGGCCCCACGCCCAAGACGCCAAGCCAGGACAUCUCUGCCCAGCUAAGUCUUCGGAGGAGGACUAGCUACAGCAUCGCCUGAACUUUAAGGAGACUUCUGUGAGCUGGAAAAACAGAAACCUGCAUUUUCUCUUAUCCGCCCAGGCCCCGGGCACAUGCUAGCAGCUUAGCACAUGGCAAUUUCCUUUGUUUGUGGAGACUUUAGAGACAUCUCCUGAAGGGGCUGGCCCAGGCUCCAGGAACCCCACGGACACCCCCUUAUCUGUUGAACCUGGACCCUUUCAGGCUUGUAUCCCAGACUGCUCCACCUUUGAGAAACCUCGGACUCUGAAAGCAUCCUCUUCAACGAUUUCUGGCACCAGGAAUCUCUUGCCUACACUCCCUUUGCUAGAUGGCAGAGCUCCACACAGGAGUAUACAUGCCGACCUGGCUUGCACUGAGACUCCAGUGACAGUGGGACACGGUGCAAACGGGCAGACUGAGGACACAUGACAUGUCGGAGGCUAAGCAGGUGCUUGGCCAGCAUUUUGUUCUGUUCAUAGGAGUUGAGGUCACUGAUUCUAUCAAUAGACAGAGGAUGGAUGACAUGGAGCUAUCAGAGGCCAGCCACCUUUACAAACAAAUAUGAAUAUAUUUUCUCAAAUUCUAUGUUGUAACAGCAUACACAAUAAGGAUUCUAGUUUUCGAGGCUCUGUGUCUUUGGGGAAGAUUCACUGGGAUAUUUAAAUAUAUAAAUAAUUGACUUAUUCAUA